AUGGAUGACCUGAACGGCCUCAGUUGGAGCUCCAACUCUCCCAAUGAUGCCCCUAAGCCUCCGCCAAUGGGUUCCAGCUACCUGUUUCCAGCCGCCAGACCCAGCAACACCUCAGGCCGAUCUACUCCCCUUUCUGCCUCCUCCGGACCGUCGAACCCCCCAUCCAAGCCUGCCACUCCCAGCGGAGACAGUUUCGCAAACCUAGUAUCAUUUGGAGCUUCAAACACGACCAAAAAUCUCCCUCUCAUUGAGCAACAGAAAAGGCUACAAGAGGAGAAGGCCAGGAAAGAAGCAGAGAAUCGCGCACGAUACGAAUCACAAUAUGGAGGGCAGAACGCUCAAUUCUGGAAUAGCUUGGAGAAAGGAGGGAGCAACAACAAUCCUUUUGCGUCUGGUAUGACGCCUUCGCGGAAUAACACAUCGUCUCCGGAUGAAGAUGAUCUGCUCGCCGCCUUCAACGCCUCGGCGCCCGUGGAUGCAUCUACCCACUUCCCUGUCCCAAGCCCCAGCCCUUCCCUUCAGGUGUCGACUGGUGGGCCGCGAAACGCCAACGGACCGAGUCCUUUGCCGCCGAGCAAUGACAUGUCAUUCAAUGAUGACGAUGAUCCCUUUGGUCUCAAUGAGUUGAAGCCUAAAUCCCAACCUGCGCCCCAGCCUUCUCAAAACGACGACGACGAUUUCUUGGGCUUGCUGGGCAAGCCCGUUUCUGAGCUACCACCGCCAGCGCCUCCAAAGAAGGAUUCCCCUAGAGUUGAGAGGCAAGAGCAACCUUCUUCUAAGCCAACAAGCGGGGUAGAUCGUGCCAUUGCAGAACUAGUCGAUAUGGGCUUCCCCGCAGACAAAGCUAGCCAGGCUCUAAAGAUGACAUCGUCUGGCACCGACGUGCAAGCAGCUGUUGGUCUCCUUCUAACUCAGGCGCACGAAGAAUCUCGGCAGAGAUCUCAGAACAGAUCGGCUCCCACCGAGCGUCGCCCCAAUCAUUCGGGCCAGAGCCGAGACCGGACUCAGAGACCAGAUCCCGAUAUGCCCUUGUGGUUGCAGGCUGAACGAUCUCGCGCACCAAAAAGUCGCAACGAAGCCAGUUCGCCUUCAUCUGCAGACAUGGAUCCGUCCCAGAUUGCUGCAAAUUUCGGUACCAGUUUCCUAAAGACGGCAAACUCGCUCUGGAAAACUGGCAGCAAGAAGAUGCAGCAAGUAGUGAAUGAGUUCAACGCAGAUCAUGAUCCAGGCCAGCCAAAGUGGAUGAGAGAAGCUUCUAACCCUGAAACAAUUCCCAGAGGACGUUCGCAGCCGCAGCCGCCUCGCAAUGAUUUUACGGAUGAGGCUCUUCUGCUAGAAUCCGGCGGCCCGCCUCGGCCCCGCCGUAACCCUACACGGGUGGAAGAGGGACCUGCACGUACAGUUAGCGAACCUCGACGGCAAGAAGGUCAUUCUCGCGAGAAGCGUCUACAGCAACCUGCCUUCAUGCGUCAACAGCCGGCACCAGAACCGAGGGAUGCAAGGUCCCGGUUAUCGAAGGUAGCGGUGGAAGAACAGUCGGCCCAGGCGUAUGUUAGCCCUGCGCGGAGAAAACGUCCUGUUGCCCAGCCGCCACCUCAACCAGCCCCGAGUCAGGGCAUCGAUCUAUUCGACUCCGAAGCUCCACAGCCUACUGCCAAGCCAACUCCUCCGCCGUCGGCUCCACGGCCUACGAAGGCGGCGCCCUCUGCAGCUUUGCCAUCGCGGCCAAAAGCUCCUCCUCGAGUCAUACCACGGGUUUCACAAAGUGCCCUUUCGUCUGCACACUCCCAGCGUGAAAAGGCAGCUGAAGCCUACAAGAGAGGUGACUACGCCGUUGCUCAUCAGGCGUUCUCAACCGCACUCUCAGCUCUGCCCGACAAACACCCUAUUAUCAUUGUUAUCCGCAGUAACCGUGCGAUGACCGCUCUCAAAGUUGGCGAGCCAAAAGUAGCAAUCAGCGACGCAGACUCUAUCUUAGAACUGAUUGGUCCUGCAAAGGGCGAGUCUGAAACCAUCGAUCUUUGCAACGGCGAGCCUCACAAACCAAUGAAGGACUUCUACGGCAAAGCCCUGAUGCGCAAAGCAGAGGCCCUAGAGCAGUUGGAAAAAUGGGCGGACGCCGCCCAAAUGUGGAAACAGGCCGUGGAGAACGGUCAUGGCGGAAGCACGAGUAUUCAAGGCCGCAACCGUUGCGAGAAGGCUGCCGGCAUCAGUAAGCCGGCGCCUAAACCGUCUAAUCCUGUAAGACGGCCCGCGGCCCCGGCGCCCAAGAAGAAGACAUCUGCUCUAGACGACUUGCAGGGGGCACCGUCAGCAUCUAACUCGGCAUCAUCAUUCGACGCUGUCAAUCGUCUCCGUGAAGCCAACCAGGCCGCGGAACGUAGCGACGAGGAAAAGUUUGCGCUAACGGAUGUUGUCGAUGCGCGUCUAGCAGCGUGGAAGGGCGGAAAACAGGACAAUCUGCGCGCUCUCCUGGGUAGUCUGGAUACCGUUCUGUGGCCCGAGGCCAAUUGGAAGAAGAUCAACAUGUCUGAGUUGAUCAUGCCGAACAAGGUCAAGAUUCAGUACAUGAAGGGCAUUGCCAAGGUGCAUCCCGACAAGAUCCCAACGAAUGCCACAACCGAACAACGCAUGAUUGCCGGUGCAGUGUUUGGCGUACUAAACGAAGCGUGGGAUAAGUUCAGGGUGGAGAAUAAUCUUUAA